UCAUGCUUGUUGCUAAAGACAUGGGGAAAAAUGUAGAAACUACAAAGUGGCAGAUACAAGAUAGUGACCAUUUUAUGGGGGUACCCAACAAAUAGACGGUGGCAAGGGUAGGGGUCCGUGUAUGCUGGCUGUCUAGAGGCAUGCCACUGGGGGACAAAAAUGCCCCAGAGACUAAUCAUUAUUCGAUUUUGAAGCAUCAGACCAAUAUAUAUCAAAUCUUAUAGGUGAAAUAUAUUAACACUCUCAUUUGUUAUUACAUCCUUGAUCACAGGCACAAACACAUGGGUUUCCCUUUACAAAUAUGUCAACUUCUUCUCAAUAAGCAUUAUUAUAAUAAUUGCUCGAGAUUCCAAAACAUACCCUGUCAAACAUUUAUAUAUGUAUGUAUUUGCAUUUCUCAAUGCCUCAUUAGUAGUUUCCAUGUGGUGGUUCUAGUAAUUGUUGUUCAUUGAUUCUCUAAAGAGUGUGCCUCAGAAAUGGCUAACCAAGACAAGAGAGGGUUCAUGUACAUUUACAAAGUUGGCAUUGGAAAUGGAAACCAGAGAAACAAAGAGCUAGAGCAUGCUGUGGAGAAGGAAAAGAAAUCGAAGUCGCGAAGCUGGUUGCAAAGGAUAAGAAAUCCGACUCGAACAUUGAAUAAUGUUGAAAAGAGUGGCAACAGAAACUUGGAAGUUGGAGGAUUUGUUGAGGCGAGGAAAUCAACAUCUUGCUUAGAGUUAGGAUUAAGAGGAGGAUUUGUGGAGGGAAGAAAGUCAGUGUCAAGCAUGAUAGAGGCAUCAUCAUCACCAGCUGUAAAAGGGAUCAUAGUUGAGGUAGGAAGAAAAUCAGUGUCAAGCAUGAUAGAGGCAUCAUCUUCACCAGCUGUAAAAGGGAUCAUAGUUGAGGAAGGAAGAAAAUCAGUGUCUCACAUUGAAACAAAGUAUGCUGCAGCAGAAAAAGCAAGAGGAGGAUUUGAUGAGGGAAGAAAAUCAGUGUCUCAAAUUGAAACAUUUUCCUCUGUGGCUGCAUAUCUUCAGGUGAAGGUUUUGGUCUCAGACAUGCCAAGCUUCAUGCAAGUGCACGCCUUUCGUUGCGCUAGAAGGACACAUGAUAGCCAGGAAAAGUUUAGCAGCAAACACAUAGCUCAUAACAUAAAGAAGGAGUUUGAUAAAGCCUAUGGUCCGGUUUGGCAUUGCAUUGUAGGCUCAGGUUUUGGUUCUUUUGUGACACAUUCAAGGGGGUGUUUUCUUUAUUUUUCAAUGGAAAAUCUAUACAUUCUACUGUUCAAGACCAAAGUUAAGAAGGCGGUGGAUUGAGGUACAUAAUAUAUAUUAUCAUAUAUAGAGAGAUAUAGCAACGACUUUUCAUGCUGGCAAAGUUUGUAUUCAGAUGUUUGUUUGUACAUGAAAAUUUAAAUAUAAUCAAAGUUUCAUUCAUACAAAUUGAUUCUCUUUUGGUUUUGCUUCCUUGUUUUU